GAGGAAAUGAAACAAUGGACCUGAUCAAGGAAGAAAGUUUGAAGGAAGAAACAUGAUGCUGAUGUGGGUUUUGGUGGUGACCACACUGUUUGUCAGUGAUGUGGCAGGGAUGGGCAAUUCCUCGGAAUUGGAAGAGACUCUGCGGUCCUUUGGAGAAUUAACCAGAGGACCUUGUGAGAUCGGCUGGUUUGUAUAUAAGAGUACAAGAUCCUGUUACCGCUGUUUCAAUUCCACGAAAACAUGGAAAGAGGCUGAGAUGUCCUGCAACAGAGAGAAACAUUAUGGACAGCUGGCUUCUGUGACUUCAUGUGAGCACAACGAGUUCAUUUCCAAGGUGGUGAGACGGGUGACCAGAGGUUCGCGAGCAGUUUGGAUUGGCUUCAAGGACUUCUGCAAGAAUGGGAAUUUCUUGUGGAGUGAUGAAACUUCAAUCAGAUACAUGAACUGGGCUGAAGGAAGACCUCUGGAUCCUAAACGUAGACAACUCUGUACGUACACUAACAGCGGUUCCAGUACUUGGUUUGAUAUUAAUUGCAAUGCUCGUCUGUACUAUGUCUGCGCCUACAAAUAUCACUGAAUUUGGAAGACUCCUGAUUCAUCCACUCAUCAUUUCCAGCUGUGGAUUCAGUGCCUGAUUGCUUUGUAGCCACUCUCACUGUCUGUGGAGACUGUACUCACUGAGUUUCCCAGCCAAUAAAAAAGAGAAUUGCAUCCUGAGCUGUGUGUUUGUUGCUGUGUGAGUCCAGUUUUCAGCAGCCUUCCUGUCCCACUGUUGC